AUGUUCGUGGACAACUAUCUCGCCUACUCCAUUGCCCUCUCCAUCUUCGUAAUCGCAACCGCCCUCUACUUCACCCGCGCGCGCUGGAGCUCGCACCUGCCACACCUCCCCUUCAGCCGGUGGCUGUACUCGCGGCUCCCCGGCGGCCACGGCUCGUUCGAGGACGACAUGGAGGCCGGCUUCAGCAGCGCGCACUUCGACCUCGCCGGCAACGUCGCCGGCGGCGACGCGCGCGCGGGGCUCGACGGCGCCGCCAAGGCCGAGGUGCGCCGCAUCAUGCGCGCCCGCGGCUGCGGCUUCGACGAGGCCCGCCGCGUCUACAUGCAGGACCGCUUCUCCAAGAACAACAUCGGCCCCGACGGCCUCCCGAGGGAUCCCAAGUUCGUGUCCUUCUCGUGA